CUCUCCUGAUGCCACAAGGUUGCGAUCAUUAGAAAUACGGGAAGUCCAUCAUGUGUCAAAUGGUAUCAUCGGAGUCAUUUAGUGGUUUUUGAUUUAUACUGACAUAUUAGAAUUUUUCCUCCCAUCCUCCAACAUCGAUCGUGCGUUAUCGGGGGGCUUUCAUCAUUCAAAUGCCCCAUCGGAGUGGCGAUCGAACUAAUUGUAGAGGCACUAAGAGCAAAUUUUAACCAGGCACACGCAAAUUUCUCAGCACGAGGAUUAGUGGGCAGUACGGACUUGUGGUGAAAGCAUCGUGAAGUGGACAGUGUUGGCAAUUUGUGCGAGAAUCCCUUUUUCAAUAAGGAUACAAAAUCUAAGUGUGGGAAAUACCUUUAAGAUCAUUUUGUAAAGUGUUAGAGAUCAUCAAGAUCAAAUUUAUUGCCCAGGAUCAUGGCCACAGAAGCUAAAGUUCUAUCUGGAACGCAAGUUGCCAAAGAAAUACGGGAUGCUCUGUGUCAGAAAGUGAGUCAAUUCACCAAGAAAUUGCCCGCCUUCAAGCCACGUCUAGCCAUCGUUCAGGUGGGCUGUCGGGAGGAUUCCAACGUCUACAUUCGGAUGAAACUGAAGGCCGCAUCGGAAAUUGGUAUUGAUGCUCAACAUAUUCAAUAUCCAGAAACAAUAACAGAAAGGGAGCUCCUGAUGAAGCUGCAACGGUUGAAUAAUGAUCCAACGAUUCAUGGAAUUAUCGUGCAAAUGCCACUAGACUGUGUCAAUGAGAUCGAUGCUCAUCUCAUCACGGAUUCUGUGUCCCCCAGCAAAGAUGUCGAUGGACUCAAUACAAUCAACGAGGGACGCGUUUGCGUUGGCGAGAUGACGGGCUUUCUCCCUUGCACACCAAACGGAUGUAUCGAGUUGAUCAAGAGGACAGGUGUCCAGAUUGCUGGGGCCAAUGCUGUAGUCCUGGGACGCAGUAAGAUUGUUGGCACUCCCGUGGCGGAGCUGCUGAAAUGGAAUCAUGCCACAGUCACCGUGUGCCACUCCAAAACUGUUAAUUUGAGCGAACAGACCAAAAAUGCGGACAUCCUUGUGGUGGCCAUUGGGAAACCAGAAUUCGUCCGUGGAGACUGGAUCAAGCCGGGUGCCGUAGUGAUAGAUUGUGGCAUCAACGCAGUUCAGGAUCCGACCAAGAUCACAGGGCAGCGCCUGGUGGGGGACGUGUGCUACGCAGAGGCUCGUCAAGUAGCUUCUUACAUCACUCCAGUGCCUGGUGGGGUUGGUCCCAUGACUGUGGCUAUGCUGAUGCAGAACACUGUUCAGUCUGCUGAGAACGCCUACAAGAAGCUGUUGAAAAUGUCUUGGGAUCUCCAAGUGCUACCACUGAAUCUCCAGAAACCCGUGCCGAGUGAUAUCGAAAUUGCGAGAUCUCAAGUGCCAAAAGAUGUGUCUCUUCUCGCAUCAGAAGUUGGAAUUAUUCCAGAAGAAGUCUCACUCUAUGGCACGAAAAAGGCUAAAAUCUCCUUGAGUGUCCUGGAUCGUCUCAAGAACAACGUCGAUGGCAAAUACAUCGUUGUGGCCGGAAUUACUCCGACUCCUUUGGGAGAAGGCAAGAGUACAACUCUCGUGGGUUUGGCUCAGGCCUUAACAGCCCAUAAGAAGAAGAAAGCAUUUGCAUGUCUUCGGCAGCCAUCCCAGGGCCCCACUUUUGGUAUCAAGGGCGGAGCCGCUGGCGGUGGAUACUCCCAAGUAAUCCCAAUGGAAGACUUCAAUCUCCAUCUUACUGGAGAUAUUCAUGCCAUUACUGCGGCUAACAAUCUUCUAGCCGCUCAGCUUGAUGCCAGAAUCUUCCAUGAGGCUACGCAAACUGAUGCUGCUCUUUAUGAGAGACUCGUGCCAAAGAUUAAGGGCGAGAGGAAGUUCUCAAAGAUUCAAAGACGUCGUCUUGACCGUUUGGGAAUCACCAAGACAGAUCCGGACACCCUGACGUCAGAGGAAGUGGCCAAAUUUGUGCGUCUCAACAUUGAUCCGACAAAUGUUGUGUGGACACGUGUAGUGGACAUCAAUGAUCGCUACUUGCGUAGGAUCACCAUUGGUCAGGCGUCCACAGAGAAGGGCUUUAUGCGCGAGACUAGCUUUUCGAUUUCCGUAGCCAGUGAGCUUAUGGCAAUUCUGGCCCUCUGUACGAGUCUUGAGGACAUGAAGCAGCGCAUUGCCAAAAUCGUUGUAGCCUUCGAUAAGUCCGGGAAUCCCGUGACUGCUGACGAUUUGGGCAUGACUGGAGCAAUGAUGGUGUUGUUGAAGGAUACUUUGGAGCCAACUCUAAUGCAGACCUUGGAGGGAACACCAGUUUUUGUCCAUGCUGGACCCUUUGCCAAUAUUGCUCACGGUUGCAAUUCCAUCAUUGCAGAUAACAUUGCUCUGAAACUUGUGGGCAAGGAUGGCUAUGUGGUGACCGAAGCGGGCUUUGGAUCUGACAUUGGCAUGGAGAAAUUCUUUAAUAUCAAGUGUCGUACUUCCAAGAAGGUUCCCAGUGCUAUUGUCCUUGUGGCGACUGUUAGGGCUCUCAAGAUGCACGGAGGAGGGCCACCAGUGUCAGCCGGAAGUUCCCGCAAGGAGUACACGGAGGAAAAUCUGGAGUUGCUUAAGAAGGGCUUACCGAAUCUGCUGAAACAUGUGAGCAAUGGGGUCAAAUAUGGAAUCCCAGUACUAGUGUCCAUCAAUGCUCAUGCCUAUGAUACUCCAGCUGAGCAUACGAUGAUCCGUGAGGCUGCCCUCAAGCAGGGUGCUCUAGCAGCUGUAGUUUCGAAGCACUGGAGCGAGGGAGGGGCAGGAGCAGUGCCUCUGGCCGAAGCUGUGAUCAAAGCUUGCUCCAAUAGGUCAAAGUUCAAAUUCCUCUACGAUCUGGGAAUCUCUAUUGAGGAGAAGAUCAUUCUGAUUGCCAAGGAAAUGUACGGAGCUGGAAGUGUGGACUUCAAUACAAAAGUCAGGGAGAUGAUGAGACUCCUAACUGAGAAGGGCUACAAGAAUCUGCCAAUCUGCAUGGCUAAGACACAGCUAUCCCUUUCGGGCAAUCCCGAGCUCAAAGGAGCUCCCACUGACUUCAAAUUGCCCGUAACAGAUCUCUACUUGUCCGCCGGAGCUGGAUUUAUCGUGGCGAUAGCUGGAGAUAUCUCAAAGAUGCCAGGUCUUCCCACUCGACCCUGCGUCUACGACAUCGACCUCAAUACCGAAACCGGCGAGAUUGAGGGACUUUUCUAAUCAUCUUACCCCGGGAAUACCAUUUUUUUCUUUUUGUAGUUUUAUAGGAAUAAAUUCUUCUCGAGGAGAAUAAAGAAAAACCACGGAAAAAUUGGAUUUUGAGCAAAUAAAGUGACUCCAAAUGGCUAAAA